AUGGGGUCCUCUCAAUCCAUAUUAACUACCUUGGAGACUGUAUUAAAGCAGAGAAAUAUCAAGGUUGACAGAAAGACGUUUCGGAGCUUUGUCAAGGAGGUCGAUCGUGUGGCACCCUGGUAUGCCCUUUCUGGCUCUCUCACCCUGGCAUCAUGGAAUAAGUUGGGGAGGGAUCUUGAUCGACACCUAGAGCAAAGAGACCUAAGGAUAGGGACCAAGGCAGUAUGGAAACUAGUGAAGAACUGUAUUGAGGAUGAAGCUUGCCAGGCGGCCAUUGUAGAGGGUCAGGCCAUUCUCGAGGUAGCCCAGGAUAAACUGGAGGCGCUGAACCUCGGCAGCUCCGCUACUUCUGAGUCUUCUGAUUCCGAACAAGACUCUCUAGACCCUGGAGAUGAGACAGAAUUAGAAGAAGAGGCUGCAAAGUACGAGGCGGAGAGAUAUCACCCGGAUGGGGAGUUUUUCUCUAAACUGCUGCCCAAGGGCAAGGCCUCAGCAAAAGCAAUAGCAACUCCAUCUGCUCCGCCUAUGCCGCUCUCUCCCCCCCCUUAUGAAGGGUGUUUACAUAGUUUCUCUUUUUUACCUGAAAAAAUUAGAAGAAAGGUCCAUCUCACCUUCCCCGUUUUCGAAGUAGAGAAUGGAGGGCGGGUACAUACUCCGGUUGAGUAUAAACAGAUAAAAGUAUUGGCAGAAUCGGUUCGUAAUUAUGGACCUAAUGCCAACUUUACUAUUAUGCAGAUAGAAAGGCUUGCCUUGGAUCCCCUAACUCCUGCCGAUUGGCAGAUGGUGGUGAAGGCAGUAUUACCAAAUAUGGGGCAAUAUAUGGAAUGGAGAGCAUUAUGGCAUGAGGCUGCCCAGUCACAGGUGAGGGCUAACGCCAUAGCACUCACCCCAGAGCAGAGAGAAUGGAAUUUCGAUCUGCUUACAGGACAAGGAGUCUAUGCUGUGAACCAAAUUAAUUACCCUUGGGGCGCAUAUGCUCAAAUAGCCACCCUGGUAAUUAGGGCAUGGAAGUCACUUACGCAGAAAGGGAAGGCAGGUGGACAACUUACCAAGAUUAUACAACAACCUCAGGAGCCGUUUUCCGAUUUUGUGGCAAGAAUGACGGAAGUGGCAGGAAGAAUUUUUGGAGAUACAGAGCAGGUUAAGCCGUUGAUAGAACAGCUCAUCUUCGAGCAGGCUACACAAGAAUGUAAAACAGCAAUUGCCCCUAGGAAAGGAAAAGGUUUAGAUGAUUGGCUCAGGGUAUGCAGAGAACUCGGAGGACCGCUUACUAAUGCAGGCUUGGCGGCUGCCAUUCUUCAAUCACAAAGAAAGCCGACGGGCUUCAAGGAUCGGAGGCUCUGUUUUAAUUGUGGAAAGCCAGGGCACCUAAAAAAAGAAUGUCGAGCUCUAAAAAAGGGUCAGGAUACUAUCUGUGCCAGAUGUGGGAAAGGCUACCAUAAGGCAAGCCAAUGCAGAUCCAUAAGAGACCUUAAGGGCAAUCUCCUUCCCCCGAAACCAGGUACAGCUGACCAAGAGCCAAAAAACGGCCAGGUGGGCCCCCGAUCCCGGGGCCCGCAAAGAUAUGGGACUCAGUUUGCCAAGGCCAGUUCCGAGGAGGAGACGACUCCACAAGAGAUCAGGAUGGACUUGCGUGCCGCCACCUCAGUCCUACUAAUGCCACAUAUGGGGGUCCAUCCAGUGCCUGCGGCACCUUUGCAUCCCCCAUUGCCUGAUGGUAUGAUAGGACUUAUAAUAGGCCGUGGUGCCCUUACUGCGCAGGGACUAAUUGUACAUCCUGGAAUAAUUGAUAACCACCAUAUUCCAGAUAUUCAAAUUCUUUGUUCCAGCCCCCAAGGUGUUUUCUCCAUCCAUAAGGGGGAUAGGAUAGCUCAGCUUGUAUUGCUUCCAGCAAAAGAUCAAAUUUCACAAGAUAUAAAGGGUCCGAUGGGAUCCACAGGGACGGACUCGGCCUAUUUAACUGUGGCACUAAAUACAAGGCCUAAGUUAACUCUUAGAAUUAAUGGCAAAAGUUUUGAGGGCAUUCUGGAUACAGGAGCUGACAAAAGUAUUAUUUCAACACAUUGGUGGCCAAGUUGGGCGGUCACACAGUCCUCUCAUUCUCUACAGGGGCUGGGAUAUCAAUCCAGCCCUGACAUCAGCUCUAGUGCCCUAACUUGGGAAUCCUCAGAAGGGCUGAGAGGCCAAUUUACCCCCUAUGUCUUACCCUUACCAGUUAAUUUAUGGGGUAGAGACAUCCUAACAGAAAUGGGCCUUACCUUAACCAAUAAUUAUUCGCCCUCAGUUAGAAACAUGAUGGAAAAGAUGGGGUUUCAAGAAGGCCGGGGCUUGGGACGUCUUGAGCAAGGCAAUCCCCGCCCUAUAUCACCCCGACCUCAUGAAGGUAAAACGGGCUUGGGUUUUUUCUUGAGCGCCACUGAGGCAGCACGACCCAUACCAUGGAAGACGGAGGACCCGGUAUGGGUUCCUCAGUGGCCAUUAACCUCCGAGAAACUGAAUGCCAUCAUGAAAAUAAUUACAGAACAGCUUUGCCUUGGUCAUAUAGAACCAUCCACUUCGCCUUGGAAUACUCCGAUUUUUGUUAUCAAAAAGAAAUCGGGAAAAUGGCGCUUGUUGCAUGACCUAAGGGCCAUUAAUGCACAAAUGUUACUAUUGGGUCCGGUCCAGCGAGGAUUGCCUCUACUCACUGCCCUGCCAAAAGGGUGGCCCCUUCUGAUCAUAGAUAUUAAGGACUGUUUUUUCUCCAUACCCUUACAUCCCGUUGAUCGCCCGCGUUUUGCCUUUACGGUACCUUCUUUAAAUCAUGCAGAACCAGAUAAGAGAUACCAAUGGAAAGUUUUGCCUCAGGGAAUGGCCAAUAGUCCAACCAUCUGUCAGCUCUUUGUUGAUCAGGCACUUGCCCCAGUUAAAAGACAGUUCCCGCAGGUCCUGUCUAUCCAUUAUAUGGAUGAUGUGCUGUUAUGUCAUCAAGACCUUACAGUUUUACAGCAAAUGUUCCCUGUCUUACAAAAGCAAUUAAGUCAAUGGGGACUUUCCCUAGCCACUGAAAAGGUACAAAUAACCGACUCCGGAUCAUUCCUGGGCUCGGUUAUCCGACCUGAUUUCAUUAGACCACAGAAGGUUGAAAUUAGAAAAGAUAAGUUACAAACUCUAAAUGAUUUUCAAAAGUUAUUGGGUGAUAUUAAUUGGCUAAGACCUUUUUUAAAAAUUCCCACCAUUGAAUUAAAACCUCUAUUUGAUAUUUUAGAAGGGGACCCGCAUAUCACCUCCCCAAGGAAAUUGGAUCCCUCGGCAAGCGAGGCUCUUUGCAAAGUCGAGAAAGCUAUAACUCAGGCCCAGCUGGAUAGGAUAGAUUAUACCCAGCCAAUUUUGUUAUGUGUCUUGAACACACAAGGUCUACCCACCGCUGUUGUUUGGCAACAAGGGCCUUUAUGCUGGGUCCAUCCUCGAGCUUCCCCUGCUAAAAUUGUUGAUUGGUAUCCAGCUGCUGUUGCACAAUUGGUUAUAAAAGGCAUUAAAAUGACAAUAGAAUACUUUGGUCUGGAGCCUAAUAUCAUUAUUAGCCCCUAUACUCCGGAUCAAAUACAGGUUUUGGCCGCCACCUCUAGCGACUGGUCAGUCCUAUGUGCUUCAUUUUCAGGGACCUUUGAUAAUCAUUAUCCCAGGCAUCCACUUUUACAGUUUGCUUUGGCCCAGCCUUUAGUUUUCCCAAAAAUUACCUCUAAUACCCCAAUUAAGAAUGGGAUAGUAGUAUAUACAGAUGGUUCUAAAACAGGACAAGGGGCCUAUGUUGUAAAUGAUAUGACUUAUAUAAAACAUUUUCCUGAAUCUUCCCCACAAGUCGUUGAAUGCCUCGUGGUAUUGGAAGUUUUACAACAAUUUAUGGGCCCACUUAAUAUUGUUUCAGAUUCAUUAUAUGUAGUUAAUGCAGUUAAAAUUCUUGAAACUGCCGGGUUGAUUAGACCUUCUAGUAAGGUGGCUCACAUAUUUGAAGCCAUUAGAGCUGCUCUGCUGCAAAGGCGGCAUCCUUUCUUUAUUGAACACAUAAGAGCUCAUUCUGGUCUUCCCGGCCCCAUGGCAAAAGGGAACGCGCUCGCUGAUCAAGCCACUAGACUUGCAGCUGUUGCGCUUUCUUCACCCAUAAUAGCUGCAAAAGAAUUUCAUAAUAAAUUUCAUGUUACUUCAGAGACAUUACGCAGACGCUUUUCUUUAACCAGAAAAGAAGCUAGAGAUAUAGUGAUACAAUGUCAAAAUUGCUGUCAGUUUUUGCCUGUCCCCCAUCGAGGAAUUAACCCGAGAGGUUUGAUCCCCUUACAAGUUUGGCAAAUGGAUGUUACCCAUUAUGUCCCUUUUGGUAAGUUGCAAUAUAUACAUGUUUCUGUUGAUACUUGUUCUGGAAUCAAUAAUUUUAUAGGUGAGAAUGAGGAAUUAAGAUGUGAUACCAAGAGGUGCUUUUAUACAUUAUGCUGGAAUGCCACGAAAUAUUCUUAUGCUGUAGUGACUAGAAUGCCGAGGUUUGUGCCCGUGCCGGUGGAAGCCCCGAGUAGCUUGUCUCUGCUACGCACAAAAAGAGAUUUCGGCAUCUCGGCCAUAAUUGUAGCCAUUGUGGCCACUACAGCAGUGGCUGCCUCUGUGACCGCCUCGGCAAUGGCCCUAUCCACAUCUGUACAAACGGCAGAUACUCUUAAUGGUCUUUCAUCAUCAGUAUCAGUGGCGCUCGACCGACAAAGUUCGGCAAAUACUCAAAUUCAGGGAGGGUUGAUGCUGGUUAAUCAGCGCAUCGACCUGGUUCAAGAACAAUUGGAUAUUUUAUGGCAAUUGAUCAGCCUUUUCACCUCUGAGUCCGAAAUGUUUUGGACAUUUGCACCAGAGAAGGUGAUCAUUGAUAUUGCAGCCUUUGCACUCCGCUGA